AUGAAUCCAAAUGCAACAUUACUUUUAGCAAGCGCAUCAUUUGAUUCAACUGUAGGUUUAUGGGAUGUUGAAAGUGGUGUUUGUCAAAAUAUACUUGCAAAACAUUCAGAACCUGUUUAUUCAGUUGCUUUCAGUCCAGAUAGUGGUUUAUUAGCAACUGGUACAACUACAACUACAACUACAACUACAACUACAACUACAACUACAACUACAACUACAACUACAACUACGACUACAACUACAACUACAACUACAACUACAACUACGACUACGACUACAACUACGACUACAACAACUAUUCAAAAAGGAGGUAAGCUUUUUAGAUCAUUAUUCUCAAUCAUCCUCAAUUCUUAUUUCGAAUCGAACACCUGUGGUUAUUUUUAUGCUAUGUCACUAUGUGGAUAUCUAAAGUUUAACUUGAUGAAUUUAGUUAUUUUAUAUUAUGAGCAGUUUGACUAUCAACAUAAGAACAACUGAAGAUUUUUCAAUUUUCAUGUAUUAUUUAACUAUUCUCGGGAUAAUCGAAAUUAGCUUUGCUUUAUUGGCAUGUUCACAUCAAUGGGAACUUAACAUGAUUAUGAUCUCGAUCGAUGAGGUCAUUUGGUUACUGACGGUUUUAUGAGUCAUAUGAGUUACGAGCUGACUUUCGUCAAAAUGAGAAAUUUUUUUUUCGAAAUUUUUUAACUCUCUUGUAAGCGAAACUGCAAGGUAUUAGAAGAAAUCCCCGAUUGAUCGCAAAAAGUAAUGCAGCGUUAAUGAAUUCUCUUGCUACUGCAUCAAUGAAAUAGUUACUGAGAUUAGAUCAAAUAUUUACAAAUUGAAGAAAGAUACAACCACAAACUUCCAAAUUCAUAAAACAAAAGACUACAAGCUUCUUUAACUAGAAGCUCAAAGGAGGUUUUAGUUUAUAGAUGUCUACAAAAGGGAAAAAAUGAUUCGCAUCACGUAGCCUCAGAAUUGAAGACCACUUUUCGCCAGAUUCGAAGAGAACUACAAUUAAGUAUUGUUAAAUUGAGAAAAACAUAAAAAUUAAGUUCUUUCAACUUUUGGAAACCUUUUCCUAGUUAUGAUUAUAGUAUUGCAGUCCUAUCCAGCAAUAGAUGAAAUCAGAUUAUAUGCGGAUAAAAUUAUCAACUCCUACACUAUUCUUCUGUUCUUCAAAUCGAAAUCUU